AUGAUGAUCGCAGCGAACAAGCCGCCUACGUUUGGUUUGGAGACGCCGAUCGAUGAUUGCUACGGCUCCUGUGGCUAUGGCUAUGGCUAUGGCUGUGGCCCUGCCCCUCAUCAAAAGAGGAAGUUGAAUAACCCUAUUGAUGAAGUUCAAGAAUUACAAGACACAAAUAAGAGGAGGAGAAUUCAGAAUGAGAAGAUGAAGUUGGUUUGUGGGUCCUGCUACUGCCCCAAAGACAACCCCGAAAAGCCCCUCGGCGAAGACGCCCACUUCAUAUCCCACUUUGCUCAGACUAUCGGCGUGGCUGACGGCGUCGGCGGCUGGGCCAGGAAAGGCAUCGACGCCGGUGAGUACGCAAGGGGAAUCAUGAACCACGCCAAAGAAACGGCUACGCAUAUGGCCGCCAUCGGAGCCCACCCCGUGGAUGCAAGAAAGGUGCUGAACGAGGCUUACGAGAACAACGCCGACGUACAAGGCUCGUCGACGGCUUGCAUCCUCAGCUUCGACAAAGAGCGUGGGUCCCUUCACGCCGUGAAUGUCGGGGACAGCGGGUUCAUGUUGUUCAGGGAGGCCAUGUGUGUGUACAUAUCUCCAACUCAGCAGCGGAGGUUCAACUGUCCCUACCAGUUGGGGAACCACGUCCACAGCGAUCGUCCCGAAGCGGCGGAGGAGUUUCAGGUGGAGGAUAUGAUGCCUGGGGACAUUAUCGUACUUGGGUCAGAUGGGUUGCUGGACAACAUGUUUGUGAGUGAGAUUGAGGAGGUUUUGGUGGCGUUUAAUAAAGUAAGCGGUGGUCGGGAUUGUGAUUGUCAGGAGUUGGCUUCAACCAUAGCAGCCGUGGCUCUGUUUAACUCCGAGGACGAGGACAACGUUACCCCUUUUCAAAUGGCUGCUGAGAAGGCCGGAGUGGAGCGCGUCGGAGGCAAGAUCGACGACAUCACUGUUGUCGUCGCCAUUGUUGUAGCUUCUAGUACCUAG